AUGCUCACCUCGAUUGCUCUAGCAGGUCUGCUCACCGCACCUUUGCUGGCAAAUGCGGCGGUGGUUCCCAAUCGCCCGCGUACGUUUCCUAAUGGCAUGAAACUAUACACCCCUCGUGCUUUUGCCGAACGUAGUGCAGAUGUUGUCACAAGCAACUAUGCACAACUCACACGUCAGAAUGCCGGUGCUUCGCACAGCAACGCCAUUGCAGUGAUGCGCUCCAUCAACGCCGAUGUCCCAAGCGCUUCACUCAACAAUGCCGACGGUGUCGAGUACUUGGUAUCUAUGAAGUGGGCCGACCAGGAAUUCCAGGCAAUCCUUGACACUGGCAGCUCCGACACCUGGCUGAUUUCUGCCGACUUCACGUGCACAGAUGCGCAAGGCCAAACUCAGAGCGCCAGCCAAUGCGGGUUUGGUCCGGGCUACUCUGGCCAGAUAUCGACAAUUUCUGGAGAACAAUUCAACAUUAGCUAUGGCGACGGUGAAUUCGUCACUGGGGAGAUGGGGACCGUUGACGUCUCCAUUGGUGGCUUGACCGUGCCGAACCAGGAGGUGGCUCUUGGUACUUCCGCGUAUUGGCAAGGUGGAGGAGUCGCCUCUGGACUCGUUGGUAUGGCUUAUCCAUCUAUCACUUCUGCAUUCGAUUCCAGCGGCCAGCGUACCCCGUAUGAUCCAUUCUUCACCAGCGCUUACAAGGAGAAUCUAACUGCCCCAACGUUCGCGCUUGCUCUGAUGCGGGGCUCCUCUGGUGGUUACAUAAGUUUCGGUGGUCUUCCACCAGUCCAGGGCAUCAACGGCACUUUCGCCCAGACGAGCAUCGAGGUCCUAUCCGGUUCCAGUGAUUUCGGCAAUGAACUUUCCUUCUACACCAUUACACCAGACGCAAUCGCCUACCCAGGUGCUUCAAAGAGCAACAGCGCCCAGUAUAUCGUUGACAGCGGUACCACGCUCAACUACAUGCCGUCCAAGGUUGCCAAGGCUAUAAACGCUGCUUAUAGCCCGAAGGCAACACUUGACUCGCAGAACCAGGUCUACACCGUCGACUGUAGCGCCACUCCGCCGCAGUUUGGUGUCACAAUUGGAGGCACAACCCUCUACGCUGACGCCCAGGAUAUGAUCCUUGGAGUGAACGACCCAAGCAAUCAGAUCAAUGGAAAGUGCAUCACUGCUAUUCAAGAUUCCGGAAGUUCCGGCGUCUCCAUCCUCGGCGACGCUUGGUUGAAGAGCGUUGUGGCCGUCUUUGACGUUGGUGCUUCCGAAAUGCGCUUUGCUGCACACUCCUACUGA